UCCAGCCAGGUCUCCUAAGCAACCAAAUUGGCCCGGUUGCUAGGGAGGGUAGAGUCACAUGGGGUAACCUCCUCGUGGUCACUAUAAUGUGGUUCUUGCUCUCGGUGGGGCGUGUGGUGAGUUGUACGUGGACGCCGCGGAGAAUAGCGUGAAGCCUCCACACGUGCUAUGUCUCCAUGGUAACGCGCUCAACAAGUCACGUGAUAAGAUGCGCGGAUUGACGGUCUCAGAUGCGGAGGCAACUGAGAUUCGUCCUCUGCCACCCGGAUUGAGUCACUACGCCACCACGAGGACUUAGAGCGCAUUGGGAAUUGAGCAUUCCAAAUUGGGGAGAAAAGGGGAAACUUUUUUUUUAAUAAAUAUAUAUAUAAAUUACUCCCUUCAUAUCCCUUUUCUCUUAUGUAUAUUUUUAUCUGCAUAUUCAUUAUUUUGGCACUUUUGUUUAAUCCCCUUGCUGCUGAAUUUUAUUUCUCUUUUUGUUUUUCUGUUCUGAAAGCUCGUGUCUGUUAUUGCAAUACAAUAAAAAAGAAGUGUGUCUUCUCGUCGAUAUCCACUUCAGACACUCGGAGAAUUUAAACUAUCAUAAAUCCGGCUUACAGGCUGGACAGGGCUUCAUAAUAUAUUAUGUAAUUGUAACAUUCACAUGUUUUUAUCACCAGCAGCUUGUCAGUCGCACUUGAUUAAUAUAAAUGUUUUUUUUUUACCGGGUGUUUUUGGUAAAACACGUAAUCUUUCCCGGCUCGGGAAUGUGCAGUUCAUAAAUACUUCCAUUAAGAAUAAAGGUAACGUGUCUUUUAAAGAAACUCGGAAAACUCGAGAGUUCCUCUCCGUUAUGCCGUUUGUCGUAACGACAAAUGUGACGUAAAUUCUGUCAUGUGACACUAUAUUUUUGUGUUAAUGCCAUUUUUCUCGAUAAAAACUGUUUCCAAACCAGUUUUUCACGACAAUUGAUGUGUCGACAUAGGGUUUAUGUGCUAAACGUAAACAGAAAAAUAUUAUGUUGACAAUUGUAAAAUUCGAUAAUUUGCGUUUCCAUCGGCUUUAUUUUGAUGCACUAAAACUCCUUUAGCAAAAAAUCCUUGUAUGGAAUCGUAGUUAAUGACGAGAAAUGCCACAGCAAAUGCAAAAAUGAAGUUAAAAUUACAUGAUAAAAACUCACAAUUGCGACUUAAUAUCUCACAAUAACGAGUUUAUAUCACGUAAUUGCAAGUUAUAAAACCGCAAUUGUGAAAUAAAAAGUCAGAAUUAUCUCUUUAUUUUUUUAUUACCUGCCGGUGGUUUGUGACAGGUCGACGAGUCUCUGAAUUAAUCAGACUGCUGAGACACUGAUAGUUCACAGGUGAAAUUAUUCGGUGUGCUCACGUCACAGACCGGUGCGCGCUCACGUCACAGACCGGUGCGCGCUCACGCCAGGAGCAGUUCUGCUUACCUGCAGCUCUCUGUUGUAGUCGCAGGUUUGUUUCCAUGGUUACAGACACAGUUGGCCCUCCAUUAUUCAAAGUUUCGACACUCGUCUUAAUUUUAUAAACUCACAAGCGUUUAGUUUAACAGUUAACAAUGGCUUUUGGCAGCAAACUUCAAGAACUGAAUUUGACUCGAGAUGAAAUGAAUCGAUUCGGCGAAGCUUUAAAAAAAGAAUCGUUCCGCGCGUUACUGAAUGAAUAUGCAGCAGAAAUCUCCAACCCUGAAAACAAGAGACAAUAUGAAGAAGAAAUUAAACAGCUGGAGGAGGAAAGAGGCAUGAAUGUGCAGUUUAUUCAUCCUGAAUCUCAUCAUGUGUUGAAGACGAGCAGCGCUCACGGGAAAUGCUUCAUCAAUAUUUGUUCCAAUCAAUUGAUCGAUAAACCGUCAUGCGCCGCCGCCACAGACACCGACGGUAAAACGGGUUAUAACUGGUCGUUACCGUUCAGUCUGACACCCGGGAGACCCGACAGAGAUGCUAAAGGAAACACGUGUGUGAUAUAUGAUGUAGUUUAUCAUCCAGACGCGAUUCACAUGGCAGAAAACAACAGCAGAUUUAUGAACAUGAUCAACAGCACAGCCAUCAGAGGAAUUGAAGAUUCAUUUCAAAUUAAACUAAACAGGAACACAAAACAACUACAAAUGAGAUAUAAAGGAAUUCCACAUCCAGCGGUGAUCCGCAGGCCGAUACCGGAACAUGUGGAGAAGAAGAGGAGCUCAGGUGAGGAUGGACUGUCAUUUCCGUAUCCAGAUCAGACCAGACCCAAACCAGAUCAGACCGGACCCAAACCAGAUCAAACCGGACCCAAACCAGAUCAAACCAGACCCAAACCAGAUCAGACCGGACCCAAACCAGAUCAGACCGGACCCAAACCAGAUCAAACCAGACCCAAACCAGAUCAGACCGGACCCAAACCAGAUCAAACCAGACCCAAACCAGAUCAGACCAGACCCAAACCAGAUCAGACCGAACCCAAACCAGAUCAGACCAAACCAGAUCAGACCGGACCCAAGCCAGAUCAGACCAGACCCAAAGCAGAUCAGACCAAAGCAGAUCAAACCAGACCCAAAUCAGAUCAAACCAGACCCAAACCAGAUCAGACCAGACCCAAAGCAGAUCAGACCAAAGCAGAUCAGACCAAACCCAAACCAGAUCAGACCAGACCCAAACCAGAUCAGACCAGACCCAAACCAGAUCAAACCAAACCCAAACCAGAUCAGACCGGACCCAAACCAGAUCAAACUGGACCCAAACCAGAUCAGACCAGACCCAAACCAGAUCAGACCGGACCCAAACCAGAUCAAACUGGACCCAAACCAGAUCAAACCAGAUGUUCAGUGUCCAAACAGCCCAUAAUCCCACACUACACCCUCAGAUACAGAUCAGUACUGGAUUUACAGGAGUGCUUCAGCACUCGACCCAAACACAUCAUCAUCAUCAUCGAUUUACCGCUGCUCAGAUCUGCUCAUGAUGUUCAUGUCAGUGUGACGGAGAGACGACUCGUCCUGGAAUCUCAAACAGCAUCAUAUAAACUGGAUCUGCUGCUCUCGUAUCCGGUGCAUGAAGAUAAAGGACACGCAAAGUUCAACAAAACUAACAAACAGCUGACCAUCACACUUCCUGUUGUAGCGGUGAAGAACCCUGUAAUAUCUCAGAGCAGACGUGAUGAUGAUGAUGAGGAGAGGAAGAUCAUGUCUGAUGAUGAAGCAGAAGAAAAGCCUCAUGAGGACACAGAGAAACCUUGUGAGACGGAUCACACAGAAUCAAACACGCAUGAUUCAGCAUUGGUCACAUGUGCUGUUAGUGAACUGGACCGUUUUAAUUUAACAUCUGAACCUCAAUUAAUCAACUUACUGAAAGAAACACACACAACUGAUACAGGCGACAAUGUAAUGAUCAACCCGACAGUGAUCAGAACAGAACCAGAAGAAUCGGAUCAUUUCCAUCAUACAUGUGCUCCAGAAAUCCAGAACAUGGGAACAGAGGAAGAUCCUUCCGACUUUGACAUCAAUCUACACGAGAUGUCUGUCAGUGGCUCUCAAAUCCAAACCAGCGCGACACCAGACGAUGAAGUUCAUAACACCUCAGACAGAGAACAGGAAACACCGUUUGAGCCGAACACUGACGAGCGUCCAGGAGCCUUUUCACAAGAGACAACGAUGACACAUGAAGAUGAGCGGAAAUAUCCAGUGACAUCAUCGUAUGAGCAACUGAAUGCAUGCGAGACUGAAGAACAAGAGACCAAACACUUUUCAGAAGAGCCAAGUGCUCCAUCCCAAUACGACGAGGCCGUCAGGAGCGUGACUUCAAUGGAGGAAACUGGAGUCUCAUCGAAGGAUCCAGCAGAUACUUCCAAUCCUCCACCUGUGAUUCUGAGAGAGACCGAUCCAGACGACAGAGAACUGAUCGUUUGUGAUCACAAGAUCUUCUGUUUCCAGAACACUCUAUGCUUUGAUUUGGACUAAAAGUCAAAUUCACUCAAGUGCCGUCUGUGAGGUUUUAUUCUGAGAUCAACAUGUGAUUUAUGAAUCAUUACAUCGCAUUGUUUAAGAUUUGAAUGGAAGUCAUGAAUGAAGAGUUAAGUCAUCUGUUCGUCAUCAUAGAAUAAAGUUUUGUGUUUAAAUAUAGAGAGAGAUGUUUGACUGUCUGUUCGGUUUAGUUCAAACUAUCAUUUUCAAGUGACAACCGGGAUCUCUGUGCAUCGAUUUAAAUGUGUGGAGUCACACAAUGCUGCAAUCACAUGAACGCAUGAAAACAUGAGAACCUGUUAUGCAAAUAGUUCU